AUCACUCACUUCCGUAAACGCACCUAUACCUAGCCAUCUUUUUCCGAAAGUCAGGCAAAGAUAUAUACUAUUACCUGCAAAUUAUACUGUAAAAUUAAAAUUUUAAUAUUCUUAUAAAUAAAAAUUUUAAUUAAACACUUUAUUAAUGUCAGAGCCACAGUCCGCACUUUUAUUAAGGAAACAGUUAGCAGAAUUAAAUAAAAACCCAGUAGAAGGGUUUUCAGCUGGCCUCAUAGACGACAAUGAUAUUUACAGAUGGGAAGUGCUCAUUAUUGGACCUCCGGAUACAUUAUAUGAAGGAGGAUUUUUCAAAGCUCACUUACAAUUUCCCAAAGAAUAUCCACUCAGGCCACCAAGAAUGAAAUUCAUCACAGAAAUAUGGCAUCCUAACAUCGAAAAAAAUGGUGAUGUUUGUAUAUCGAUCUUACAUGAACCUGGUGAUGAUAAAUGGGGCUAUGAAAAAGCAUCAGAACGAUGGCUACCCGUCCACACUGUCGAAACAAUCCUCAUUAGCGUUAUUAGUAUGCUUGCUGAUCCUAAUGAUGAAAGUCCUGCUAACGUUGAUGCCGCCAAAGAGUGGAGGGAAAGUUAUUCAGAAUUCAAGCGAAAAGUUGCUAGGUGUGUACGAAAAAGCCAAGAAGAGUGUUUGUAGGGGUAAAAAAACUAUAAAAAAAUGAUAACUAAAAGACUUAUUUAAUUUUGGGACAUUGCAUGCACGGCUUACUUAAUACCAUCUUUACAAUAAUACGUUUAAAAAUUUGGAUACA